CCUUUCUCUUUCCCCUCAGAACCCAGCAGGCCUGGGUUCCUUCGAACCCACCCAGGCGCUGGCUUCCUUGGGUUGGGUUCCAAGGAACCCAGGCGCUGGGUUCGAAGGAACCCAGGCGCUGGGUUCGAAGGAACCCAAGCGCUAGGUUCCCUCGAACCCACGCCUCGGUUCUUCGAACCAGCUAGGUUCCAUGGAACCCAACCUUAGGUUCCAUCGAACCCAGGCAUGGGUUCAACAGAACUCAGGCGUGGGUUCGAAGAACCCAGCACGCCUGGGUUCUUCGAACCAGCUGGGUUCCAUGGAACCCGACCCUGGGUUCCAUCGAACCCAGGCAUGGGUUCAACGGAACCCAAGCGUGGGUUCGAAGAACCCAGCACGCCUGGGUUCUUCGAACCAACUGGGUUCCAUGGAACCCGACCCUGGGUUCGAGGGUAAAAAACAUAUAUAUUUUUUUUGUGUUUUCUGUGGGUUUGGUGUUUGAUGAUGAUGAUGAAAGCAAGGCAAGGAAGAGGAAGGAAAAAAAAAAGGGCAUUGUU